UCCUUGCUCGCUCCCAGUCCGCUCUCUCUAGUCCAAGCGAGGCUCAGGUUGCCUGCGCGGGUAUAAAAUCUUCCGCGAGGAAAUCCAAAGAGAAGGCAAACUGAGCGGACCAGGAGCAGAGGAUCGGCGGGAAAGGCCAGGAAGGCGAAAGGCGCCCAAAGCCCUUCAGCGAAAGAAGAAAAGCAAGAAAGACGCCCCUGCCCCCCUCCGUAGAAACGGAACAGCCGAGCCAGGGGGAGACCGAAGGGGUGGGAAGCCCAGAGCGCAUCGCCGAGAGCGCGUCGCGGAAACCACUUCGAAGGGAGACUGGAGCGCAAGUGCAAAAUGCAAAAACAGCAAGGACAGUGUCAGAUAUUUACAGUCGUUCUCUUCACAUUUAUUGUCCUGCUAGCAGCCGUGAGCACUACUGAGGCUGGCAAAAAAGAAAAAACAGAGAAGAAGGUGAAGAAGUCUGACUGUGGGGAAUGGCAGUGGAGUGUGUGCGUUCCUACUAGCGGAGAUUGUGGGCUAGGGACCCGCGAGGGAACUCGCAGUGGAACAGACUGCAAACAAACUAUGAAGACCCAAAGGUGUAAGAUCCCCUGCAACUGGAAGAAGCAGUUUGGAGCAGAGUGUAAAUACCAGUUCCAGGCAUGGGGAGAGUGUGACCUAAACACUGCCUUGAAGACUCGAACUGGGAACCUAAAGCGAGCUUUACAUAAUGCAGACUGCCAGAAAACUGUCACCAUCUCCAAGCCCUGUGGGAAACUUACCAAACCCAAACCUCAAGAGCCCAAGAAAAAGAAAAAAGAAGGCAAGAAACAAGAGAAGACACUGGACUAGGGAAGCUGUACCAUGCUGCAUGGGAAACGGACUUCCUCGAAUGUAAUCGGUUAACAAGUUUCAUUGACACCUAGGCAAUUUAUGCAGACAUUAUUUAUAGCUUAAUUGUACAAUAGGAAGAAAUAAACAUGCAAAUGUAUCCUCUUUUUUAUUUUGACACUAGUAUUUUAAAGGUAUCAUCUUCUUAACUGCAUUUGUAGAAAUCUACAAUAAAGGGCAGUAAUGUCAUUUAGUAAAUGAUGAUGACUGUUGUAUAUUGAAAAGCGUAGAUUCAUUGUGAAUUUCCCCUUUCCCUCUCUAUGAGUUCAAGCUGAAAGUCUGUCUCCUCACAUUAAGGGCAGGAUUUAUGACCCUCGAGGGCCUCCCCAGACCUGCACUAUAAAGGUUCUAUGAUGUCAUAAUGGGCUGUCAAAGUGAUGUGGGACUAGCCACUUUGUGUAAAACCAAUUCUUUUUUUUUCACUGUAGGGGAGGGGAACUGUUUAAGUUUUAUAAUAGCAAGAGUGGGUCUCUAUCCCCAGAUUGUUCCUGCACUGAAAUAACUAACUUGGUUGUAAUUUACACCUUUUAAUAAAACAAUUUAAGGAUUUA